AUGGCGUCGUCACCAUUCUUGCUACGCAUCUUAUCGAAGCCUGUUGAUGGCAACGUCGAGGCUUGGAGUGAAUGGUACACCUCGGAGGGACUACCUUCCUUAUUGACCAAGAUUCCAGCUUCCCGUGCUUGCUUUUACCAUGCAUAUAAUGACUUCGAGCUGAAGACCAAGACACCACUGGAGGGGAAUCAAACACAACUGCAUAGCGUGGAACUGGCACACUCUGAUCUCGAGCCUCCUAACGACAAGACCUGUCUAGCAAUGUGUCAACUCGACUCCAUAGACUCGCUACAGGAGAUUUUCAGUCUCAGUGACCUGACAAGGGAUGAUCCCAGCCACGACACAGUGUCGGAUAUCAGAGUUUAUGAAGUCAUUGAAGAUUUUGAUCCCAAAGGAAUUAGUCAUGUGCUUCCACCGUUCAUCCUGAACGUUCAAAACGAGCCUGCUGAUGCCGAUGAUUACAACAAAUUUUACCAUGAGGAGCAUCUGCAUAUGCUGAAUAGAGUUCCUGGGUACCGGCGAUCUCAAAGGUACGAACUGAUCAAGGGCCACGACGACUCAUCAUCAGAGGCGCCGAGAUUCAUGGCCGUCCAUGAAUGGGACCAUUUUGAUGCUCUCGACGGACCGGAGUUGCGGGAGGCUGAUGCCAGCCCCAACACACACCGUGUCUUUGGAAAUGCCAAACGCGUCAAUAUCCGGGGGUUCAAGAGCGUGAAAGGAUUUGGCGAUGUCAAAGAAUGA